CACCAGCCAUGCUCCCGUCCCAGCCUCUCCUGCACGCUGCGGUGUUUGCACUCGCAGUCCUUCAGGCCCUUGCCUCCGACACCUUCACUGCAGCCGUCUACGAGCACGCGGUCAUCCUGCCAGAUGCCACUGGUGAGCCUGUUUCUCCUGACGAUGCUUUGGCCCUGAUGAACAAAAACAUGGAUGUCUUGGAAGGAGCCAUCAAGGAAGCCGCCCAGCAGGGCGCCCACAUCAUUGUGACUCCUGAAGACGGCAUUUAUGGCUGGCAUUUCACAAGAGAAACCAUCUACCCCUACCUGGAGGACAUCCCUGAUCCGGUGGUGAACUGGAUUCCUUGCACCGACCCCACAAGAUUUGCUCCAGCACCAGUGCAGGAACGACUCAGCUGCAUGGCCAGGAAUAACUCCAUCUAUGUGGUUGCAAACAUCGGGGACAAGAAGCCGUGUAACUCCAGUGAUGCCGGCUGCCCCAGCGACGGUCGCUAUCAGUACAACACUGAUGUCGUCUUUGACCCGGAGGGGAAACUGGUGGCUCGUUACCACAAGUACAACCUAUUUAGGAGAGAAACUCAGUUUAAUUACCCAAAAGAGCCAGAAGCCGUCACCUUUGAGACCCCCUUUGGGAAGUUUGGCAUUUUCACAUGCUUCGACAUCCUUUUCCGGGAGCCUGCCGUGGUCCUGGUGAGCGAGUUGCAGGUGGACACCGUGCUCUUCCCGACGGCUUGGAUGAAUGUCCUGCCAUUUCUGACUGCGGUUGAGUUUCACUCUGCCUGGGCUAUGGGCAUGGGUGUCAAUUUGCUUUCAGCAAAUACUCACAACAUCACCUUGGCGAUGACAGGCAGCGGGCUGUUCACGCCGGAGGGACCCGCCGCCUACCAUUACGACAGUGGGACUGAGGAGGGACGUCUCCUGCUAGCAGAGCUGAGUGCACGCCCCCGUCUUUCUCCCACCUACCCCCCUGCCGUCAACUGGAGCUCCUUUGCCACAAGCAUCAAGAAAUUUCCAGGAGAAAAAGACACUUUUUUGGGAGCUGUCCGGCGGGAUAUAUUCACUUUCAGUGAACUCAGGCGCAAAGCUGGAAAUUACACGGUUUGCCAAGGAGACCUCUGCUGUCAUUUGAUCUAUCGGAUGGCAAACAAGAGCAAAGAUGAAGUUUAUGUCCUGGGUGCAUUUGAUGGGCUUCACGGUUCUCUCAUAAAAUACCAUUGGCAGAUAUGCACGCUGCUCAAGUGCAAGACCACUGACCUGAAGACAUGCGGGCAGCCGGUGGAGACUGCGCAGACCAAGUUUGAGACGUUCUCCCUCAGCGGCACGUUUGGCACUAACUACGUCUUUCCAGAAGUCUUGUACAGUGGGGUGCAGCUGGCCCCCGGGGAGUUCGAGGUGCUACGUGACGGACGUUUGAAAAGUAAGCAUGGCACAUCGAAACCGCUCGUAACAGUGACGCUUUUUGGAAGGCUUUAUGAAAAGGACCUGCCGCAUCCCCUGCGAACCGCCCCAUAACAUAAUUCCUUAGCUGUUACACAGUCACCAUAGACAGGAGGGGAAUGCCCUACAGUGAUCCCCCUCCUCACGAGCCGUGGCAGUUAUCCUGUAUCAUUGCUGUUUUGCAGUCUUGCUCAGCAGCUGCAGCAGUUGAGUUUAUUUAGAAGAAAGCAGUUUGAUCACUCUGUUGUGUACCUAUAUCAGUGGUAUAUAUUUUUUUACUAGUGCUUGAGCCAGUGCAACUAUUUUUUAGUAUGAAUGUUCUGUCAUGUGAAAUCUUUAAUUAGAAAUUAUUGUUUUCCC